AUGCUACCAAGGUGUUUUCGGAAACUGCAACUUGAUAUCAGAGAUGACUUUAGAGUGGAGCGCAUCAACAAGGAACUCGUGGAUUAUGAUGACAUCGUGCUGGCAGAUUACGAGGACACGCUUGUUAAUUUUGCUCGGAUGACAGUCAAGUACCUGAGAUGGAUGUCGGCAUUCUGCAACAAGUAUCGUGGUUUCUGUCCUCUCCUGACCUGCGAUAUGUUAAUGAGGAAGAGGGGGCUUGUGAUUGGUGUCUUGGUUGGUGGUCUAUUUAUUGUCAGUGUUAUCUCGCUUCAUCAGUUGAAACAAAUGUCUCAUUCAAAAAUUAAAAGCAACCUGCUAAUGCCUACACAUGCAUCCUGCAAAUGGCCUCCAAAUAUGCCUGAAGACAUUAAGUCGGCAGAGGGCGAAUACAACAUAACACUCUGUGUACGACUGAAUGCAAACACAACAAUAAGAAAUACGCCAAAUCGGUAUCCACUUGCGGAUCUCUUUCGAGGAAUUAAAACACCACGCAAGGUUUCAUUUGAGGACCUCAAAAGGUUACCCCGAAGAUUCUGGAAAUUGGUGAAGUACCCGCAGGUGUACCACGCGUAUCCACAGGAUGUUCCGUUGAAGAAAAUCGUCGAAGCCACCAAAGCAGGUCUUCCUGUCUCCGAUAUUCCUGAGUACAAUUUUCCAAUCCGCAUUCUGAAAACCAGCGCAAAGGUCUGUGCACGCGACACACAACACGACCUCGUCAUCGUGGUGAAAAGUGGCAAUCUGGGGUGGGACGCCAGAACGGCCUUUCGUGCCUUCAUGCAACGCGAGGAAGCCCGCAGUCCACAGAUCAAGGCGGGAGUUGUAUUCAGUCUAGGAAUGCCACGCAAACACGGUGGCAGAAUAUUCAAUCGUGACGGCCACAUCAUCAGCCUGGAUGGAAAGAAUGGUGACAGGUUGGAGGAAUAUGACGGAAAAGCCGAUUUAGUUAUGGAACGCAUUAAGCAGGAAAUCGAUCAAUUCGAUGACAUACUACUAGGAGACUACGAGGACACGUAUUUCAAUUUGACGUGGAAGACCGUCACGAACCUGCGAUGGCUGUCGGCAUUCUGCAACAAACACCACGCCAACGCUUUCAUGAUAAUCGAUGACGAUCAUCGCAUGAAUCUCUCCUUGGUGGCAGAGUUUCUCAAGAGUACUUCGGCAGAAACAUUAAGGAAAUCCAUAUUUGGUGAUAUUGCUGUAAACGGUCCUCCAAGACGGACGCCUUCUAAGAGGUGGUUUCAGUCGUAUGGCGAGUGUCCUUGGGAUUCGAUGACUCCGUAUCCACGUGGGUUUUCGCAAUUCAUUGGAGCUGACAUCGUCGACGACAUGGCCAUCGCGAGUGCAUACACGAGGUACAAUUAUGCACCGGAGGACGUGUUUCUUGGAAUGGUCGCAUUCAAACUUGGCAUCGAUCUGCGCAACGAAGUGUCGAUGUUUAACCACCGUCUAUUCAACGUCACUCUCCUGAAGACCCACCAACCCAUGGUAGCAAUGAGCCAAUUUUUUGAAAGAGACCUCUUGACUAAUUGA